AAACCCCACACAUAUCCAUAUAACAUUCAACUAUUGACUCUCUCUCUCUCUCUGUUUAUAUAUAUAUAUAUAUAUAUAUAGCGAGGUUUUCCGAAUCUCCCACCAAAUCCAAUUUGCGAAAUCCCCAAGAAAGUGAGAGUCUUUUGAAUGCUUUAAGAAAACAACAAAACCCAGAAGGGAUAUGAUGAUGACGAGUAUGCAGGCGACUCAGUGGACAAGGUUGGAGGAUAAGCUGUUCGAGAGAGCUCUGGUGAUGGUGCCGGAGGACUAUCCGGACAGGUGGCUGAGGAUUGCCGAGUGUGUGCCGGGGAAGUCACCGAGGGAGGUGAGGGAACACUACGAGGAUCUGGUGCGGGACGUGCUCGACAUCGACUCGGGUCGGGUCGAGCUGCCGACUUAUGCCGACGACUCUGAUGGGUGGGACUCGCCGAGUCAGAUCUCGUUUGGGUCGAAGACCAGGGAGGCUGAGAGAAAGAAGGGGACUCCUUGGACUGAAGAAGAGCAUAGGCUAUUUCUGAUAGGGCUGGAGAAAUUUGGCAAGGGUGAUUGGAGGAGCAUUUCAAGGAAUGUUGUGGUGACAAGGACACCGACUCAAGUGGCUAGCCAUGCCCAGAAGUACUAUCUUCGCCAAACCUCAGUAAAGAAAGAGAGGAAGAGAUCGAGCAUCCAUGACAUCACCUCGGUGGAUAACAACAACACGGCAGCUCUACCUGUUGAUCAGAACUGGAUUUCUCCAUCGGGUGGUGCGGUACUUCAGCAGCCUGCACCACCUGCUUUGCCACAGAUGACCAUGCCAAGGAAUGUGCCCGAUCAAUCGGCCUCAUUUGGGUAUCAAAACUUUGCCUUUCAAAUGUAAAGAUGCAUAGUAGCAGCUACAUGCUCUGUAUGUAAAGUAGUCUUAGUUUAACAAAUCCAAUUUGUAAAGUUAUGUGGAUGGUUUUGUUAGGUGUUAGGUGAUAAGGAGGGUUGGAAAGUGAAUUUGAUGGUGUAUGUAGUAUUCUUAAGUCUUUUAGUGAGCUAAAGAAAAUCUUCUUUGGUGGAGAACAUAGCAAGUUGGUGUACUGAACGUUUAGGAAUUAAUCAAUAAGACAUAGGAAUUCUUUUUGCA